AUGCAUCAUUUAGAUCGUAUUGUUCUUUGUGUAGGUGUUGUUGAUGAUCUUCCACAGAACAGUCACACAUUCGACGAGAACAAGGAGUCGAAAGGGAGGAGACAAGAAGCAGUGGGAACGAGAAUACGAAGACGGUUUAACAAUGUCAAGAAGCUUCUAAUUCCUCCAUCUAUACCUUCUUCUUCAGCUUCUUAG